AUGGAGAGAGAGGGUAGUAAUAAGGCCCAGUCUACAGGCAAUUUUGGUGGUUCUUCGGGUGGUGGCAAGUCAACAUUUAGAGGAGGAUCGUUAGGGCCAUCACAGUCCUUUGCUCAGUCUUCGGCUAGUGCACCGCCAUCAGGGCCUAGUCAGCAACAGCAAUUGAGCCGUUUCAGACCCAGUCAGGGAAAUAGGGGCUCAUAUCAGCAGGGUCGUCAUGGUGGUAGGUUCCAGCAGCAGAGGAGGCCCCCAUGUCCUUAUUGUGGAAAGAUGCACCUAGGAAUAUGCUACAUGGACUUACCCAAAUGCUACGGAUGCAGAUUGAGGGGUCAUAUUCAGAGGGAUUGUCAUUCGUCCCGCCAGG